AUGGGCAGCCUACAUGACGGCGCCAGCGUUAGCCACUCGGUGUCGUUCAUCCUCGGGGCUCUUGUGCCCACCUUGCUACUCUUCUUCCUCGCUUCCGACCGGGUCGGCGAGAAGCUGGCAAGCAUCUCAAGCUUCGCUAAUGGAUCAGCUCAUCAGCAGAUGAGCCCAAAUCUCCCCGGCAACGGAUCGGCCGGCAAAAAGGGGGAGAGGUUAUUCCCAGGGCUGGCGGAGCUGCUGCCGAAGGUGGCGACGGACGACCGGACAGUGAUCAUCACGUCGGUGAACGAGGCGUUCGCGCGGCCGGGCUCUCUGCUGGACCUCUUCCGCGAGAGCUUCUAUGCCGGCGACGGGAUCGCGCACUUCCUAAACCAUACUCUCAUCGUCGCCGUCGACGCCGCGGCCUACCACCACUGCCGUCGCGUGCACCCGCACUGCUACCUCCUCGAGGUGACGGCUCUGACGUCCAUGAACCUGAGCUCCGCUAACGACUUCAUGAGCGACGCCUACCUGGAGCUCGUCUGGGCCAAGCUCGAAGUGCAACAGCGCGUCCUCCAGCUCGGCUACAACUUCCUCUUCACGGACGUGGACAUCGUGUGGUUUCGGGACCCGUUCCGGCACAUCGGCGUGCACACGGACAUGGCGACGUCGUGCGACAUCUACUCCGGCGACGCCGACGCCCUCGACGGCAACUGGCCCAACACGGGCUUCUACUACGUGAAGGCGACGGGGCGGACGGUGGAGAUGUUGCGGCGGUGGCGGGCAGCGCGGUGGCGCUUCCCGCGGGACCACGAGCAGACCAUCUUCAACCAAAUCAAGCACGAGUUGGCCGCCGCGGACGGCGACCUGCGGCUGCGGUUCCAGUUCCUCGACACGGCUAUCUUCGGCGGAUUCUGCCGGCUGUUCCGCAACGACAUGACCAGGGCGUGCACGAUGCACGCCAACUGCUGCUUCGGCCUUGGGAACAAGUUGAGCGAUCUCCGGGACGUGCUUGCGCAGUGGAAGAACUACACGGCGGUGACGCCGCUUGGGAGAAGGAAUGCCAAGGCCGCUGGGAGGAGCUUCGGUUGGCGCGUUCCGGCCAAGUGCGGGACGCCUGACAAGAGGGCGCCGAGCCGCCGACGGGCUCUUGAUCCCGGUCGCCUCGUGUUUGGUUAUUUAUUUGCCGAGUCAUCCUUUGUUGAAGGUGGAGAACCACGACCUCUUUAG